AUGCUCUCGGCCGCUAACAUGCGCGCCCUUCGAGUGCGACCCUCGAUGCUGCGUGUAGGCGCUUCUCGGAGCCUCACGAGACAUGCCUCCACCGAUGCCGUGAUCGCUCCCCAAACCGCGUCCAACGUUCGCUCGGCCGGCACGCGCUCCAAGAACCUCAUCUUCGGCACCGUCCUGACUCUCGGCCUCUCCUUCGGCUACCUCUACGUCACCGACACCCGCGCGAGCAUCCACGAAUGGCUCCUUGUACCGGCUCUGCGCCAGAUAUAUCCCGAUGGUGAAGACGCUCAUCACGCGGGCACAGCCAUGCUCAAAGCGUUGCACAGCUUCGGAAUGAACCCCAGAGAACGAGGGCCUGGUGACUCUGCUGGUGACUUGGCAGUCGAGGUCUUUGGACACACGUUGGCGAACCCUAUCGGAACCUCUGCUGGCAUUGACAAGAAUGCCGAGGUACCCACACCACUGUUCGAGCUGGGUCCGGCGAUAGUCGAGGUUGGCGCAGUCACGUUGCUGCCGCAAGAAGGAAACCCGAAACCACGUGUGUUCAGGAUCCCCAGCCAGAAUGCGCUUAUCAACCGCUACGGCUUCAACUCAGAAGGCGCCGAACUGGUAGCCACAAGGCUACGACAGCGUGUCAGGGAGUUUGCAUACCACUCUGGUCUGGGCCUGGACGAAGAGGCCGAGCGCAAGGUGCUUGACGGCGAGGCUGGCGUACCACCAGGCUCGCUCAAGCAGGGCAGACUUAUGGCAGUCCAGGUUGCGAAGAACAAGACAACAUCCGAGAACGACAUCGAUGCUGUUGUGCGUGAUUACGCAACUUCAGUCAGUCACGUCGGCAAGUAUGCCGACAUCCUGGUGGUCAACGUCUCCUCACCAAACACUCCCGGUCUCCGCACACUGCAGAAUGUAGAGCCGCUCACACGCUUGCUUACCGGCGUUGUACAGGCUGUCAACAAGAUCGAUCGAAAGACCAAGCCCGCAAUCAUGGUCAAGGUCAGCCCAGAUGAAGACUCAGAAGAGCAGGUCUCUGGCAUCUGCGAGGCCGUUUGGGACUCGGGUGUUGACGGUGUCAUUGUUGGAAACACGACCAAGAAGCGACCUGACCCGUUGCCAAAAGGCUACCUGCUCCCCGCCUCGGAAGCCCAGGUACUUCUCGAGCAGGGCGGAUACUCGGGCCCGCAGUUGUUCGAACGCACCCUAGCCCUGGUGAGCAGGUACAGGAAAGCGCUGGAUGAGGGUCCGAAAUCUGUACCGUCACAGCAGGCUGAUAGCGAAGGGCCAAACACAAGCAUAAUAGAAAAGCUGCAACCAUCAAAGCAGACUGGCUCAUCAAAGACCGAGACCACUGUCGAAGUCGGAUCAGCUUCACCCGCACUCUCCUCCAACGUAGACGACCUACAAGAGUCCGCGCCAACACUUACCCUCCAUUCAAAACCCGUCACAGCACCCGCACCCAAAAACUCUCAGAAAGUCAUCUUUGCCACUGGAGGCAUUACCAACGGACGACAAGCACGCGAGAUCCUCGAUGCCGGAGCUAGUGUUGCGCAAGUCUAUACCGCGCUCAUCUACGGUGGUGCAGGCACGAUCAGCAGGAUAAAGCAGGAGAUGAGGGACGAUGCGAAGAAGCAGACGACGGCUACUAAACGUUAG